AUGGCAUCGCCCGCAUCGACAGCCGUGGCGGAGUCUACGUCCACUAGCUCUUCGCACUGGGAUGAUCUUCAGGCCAUGAGAGAGCAGUGGCUGGAGUCUUUGCAGACAGCACUGGCAGCUGCGGGAUCGCCUACGGCCGUUGAGGUGACAUUGGACGUCGAGGAUUCGCUUGACACCCGAGGCUUCGCAAUCUUCGCAGAGCUUGACACCCGUGACGCCCGAGCCGAAGAAUCGUCGCUCCCCGGUCAAUCCUGCGAAUCCUGCGAUGGUGGCAGACUGGAGCGGUAUGCCAACGAUGACCCCAUCGCCAUCGCCAGCCCAGCCCUUGCAGAAGCGUCCACGCUUGAGCCGCUUGGCCGAAGCAGAUGGCCCGCCAUACUGGGAUGCUGCCUCCGCCACCAGAAGCACGAGAAAAUCGCCGAUCCGCGACAACAGCCACACAAAGCCAAGUGCUCCGUGAACGACUACGAAGGCAUGCCGGUGGCUGGACAGCCGAAGUAUCCGAUGUGCAUCCUGCGCCGGUCCAUGCCGUUGCCGGCACCUCUGACACCUCCUGCCGAUGACAAGCAGGACUCCCAACACCUGCUCUUUCCAGCCUUGCUGACUCUUCUGGCUCACCCGUUAGUGCUGGAACAGCAGGAGUUCAUGAUGGAGGACAUGCCCAAGCAGCCGGACUGUCUUGCUGGCCUCCCACCUGCCGUGCGAUGCUGCAUCCAGAUGCCGCACACGAAGGUCCAGCUUGCUGCCUCUGGCUUCUAUGGGUUGCCUUGGAAGCAGCAACGUGCUGCGUGGACCGCCACGAUGGCAGAGCUCAGUGCCGUGCAUGCGCAUGGGGAUCCUGGUAGCUUUCGGGACUUAUCGCAGCCGGAGAUGCAGAAGCUCGUGGCUGAUGAUGUGGAGCUGUUUCUGCUCACAAGUCCUUUUGCAAGCCUCGUGAACCACUGCUGGCAGCAAGACUGGUCUUCCAUGCAGGCUGAGCUGCCGCUGUACGCCUGCUUUGACAUCAACCAGGCCGAUCCCUCCAUUGGCCCAAACUCCAGCGUAUCCUGCACUGUGAACUGUCUGCUCUUCUGCUCUGCCUGGUACAAGCAUCCGAAUCCAGACUUCAUAUGUCGUUGGCUGGAACAGCCGUGGGACGAAGCGCCGGUGCUGCGGUCCCUGCUGAAAGAAGGUGCUGCACGGGCAUUUGCGGGACAGCCCUCGAUGGAACUGCCUCCGGCCCUUUCUGACAGAUCAGAUGCGACGUUCUCUCACAUAGCAUGCGGUGUGAAGCUGCAAGAGGCGACAGAGUUGGCACUCGGCCACAGGCUGUCCCUCACACGACUGCAGUCAGCCGCCUACUUUUUCGUCUGCAACCACAAGUCCUUCGUGGUCGUGGGCUGUGGUCAUCAGAGCUCUGGUUGUGCCUUGCUUCUCUUUGACAGCCACGGCCUGAGUCUGCAGGCCACGGAAUGCUCGGGCUCGGCGUUGUGCCGUGAUGCUGAACAAGUUCUCGAGUACCUUUGUCGGCAUGGCGAGCACUCCCUGUAUGGCCCAAACCAGGUGACCCAGCUCUAUGCCUCUGUCUUCGAAGGCACGGCAACGUCGUGCCAAGCCUGCCGUGCCCCAGCAUCAGAACUUCUGCGAAGUGUGCGAAGCAUGACAUCCCGGCCGGGAGACGGUGCAGGCUUAUCUGUGAAGCCAGAGGCAGCGCCUACAUUCGGCAUGCCUUUGUCCAGCUGCUUCCCCGAGAGCCUGAUCGUCCUGGAGCCUCCCUCGGAGAGCCCUGUAGGCACCCCGCCCAGGAAGGUGCCUCGUGUUGCCGGCUCAGAGACCACUCAUGCUGCUUCAGAGGCGCUCGUGAAGAAGGAGGCUGCUGACAGCAACAUGGACAUUGACCCACCUGAGUUUCAGGAGGCAGCGACGGAGGACGUGAAGAUGGAGGUGAAGACCGAGCCGGCUUGCGAUGGCGAUGCCGAUGAAGAGGUGCCCCUGACUGCUUUGGUUGGGCAGCCUCCUGCAAAGCUGAGCGGUGCUCAGGCGAGCAAGAAACCCACCAAGGAGGAGAAGCUCCUGCUGAAGAAAGCUGAUGCCAUGCUGGCAGCCUAUGGUACUGGUUUCCCAGCUUGGUUCAAGGUCCACUCCUUUCACGGGGUCAAGGGCCACUGGAACCAGUUCAAGCUCAAGCUGGCAGCGGACUCCAUUGGUUCGCUGGGUUGCAGGUCGUGCUCUACCUUCUUCCGUUCCCUGGAUGCCAGCAAGGUCCAGCAGCAACAGCAGCUGGUGGUGCCCAGCGAGGGCGAUGAGGUCCCGGCUGGCGAGGUGGUGCUCCUGGAUCCCGCCGCUCUGAAACCACAACAGCCUCGGAGCAAGAUCACCGGUGCUGAGCGCCUGGAGGUGCUCAAGAGGGAGGAGGGCGUGGGACGGCGAUCAAAGACGUCGGUGCUUCCUCUCUGGAUGCGUUUGUGGGAUUGGGUCAAAGAUAGGAGGAGCGACGUGUACAUCCACACCCAUGCUCUCAAGUUUCAUUGCACCCUCUGCGAGGUUGAAGUCGACGCAAAGCGAGACUCCACUAUCCAUUUCCUGCUGCAGCAUGAAUGCUACGACAUGCAUUGGACCCGGGCCCACCCGGAUGAGAUACCGAGGCAGUGCCGAGGUGUGAAGAUCAUCCCACGAUCCGAGUCCAGCCAGGAGUAUCACAUCGAGACGUGCACCCGUUCGCUGCAAGUCUGGAUGGGCCUGGACUUUCCCUGGUCUGGCCAGCAGUCCCUCCCGCAUGGCUGCUACAUGGAGACUGUGGACUCCGAGGUCAUCUGCUGGGUGCGAUGCCGGCCCUGUCAAACGAGCCCUGCCGUGCUGCAGCCGGGCGAGGAUGCUUGUGUGAACUGCCGAAAGCUCGCAAACAAGGAGGCCUUCGCAUCCAAAGUAGCUUCAUGGGUUUACCUAGUGGACUUGCUGUGUCUUCUGCAUGCAACAUAUGCUGCGGUUCGGAAGGAAAGGAGGGAGGCACUCCAGGCCCUCGGCAGUGCAGACUAUCGUCGCGUCCUGAGUUGCCACUCGGUGGCCCAGCUGGAAACCAUGACGUGGCCGGAGCUGCACCAAGUGGUGCGACAGCAGGCCCCAGUGACGACACCGGCAGCCUUUCAGAACUCUGCGGCGCUGAACCUCCUCAGAACCAGGUUUCAGUGGCUCCCGACCACUGUCAACAAAGAUGCCAUCAACAAGCUGGACCGUCAGCACUUGCAAAAACAUCUCGAGUUCCUAGUCGGGCAAGAGACCGAGGCCGGGUUCACGUGCAUGCUCUCCGAAGAGUUGCGGCAGGGCAGGCUCGACAGCAUGGAGUGCUGCCGAGUCCUCAUGAGUUGCUUAGCAACGCGACUCAGGCUGCUGUCGGCGAACCAGAAGCGGCUGACAACAAGCCACGUCCAAGGCGUCACGGACGCCCAGCUCCAGGACGUCGGCUUCUUUUUGGCAAGCAUCAGCAGCACCAGUCAGUUGAUGGAGCUCUUCGGUCUGAAUCCUCGCGAGUUGAACAAGCCGCCAUCGUUCGACGAAGCCUUGCCGGAUUUUUUCUGUGCCUCCGCCGAAGAGCCGGAGCAAGCAGGCACGAGGUCGACCCUGUUCCGCAACCUGCAGACGACGAUCGGGAUCCUGGGUGUGGCCCAGUCGCGGUCCUGGGUCUUGUCCUUCGACGAGACUGUGACGUGGCCGGCCUACGGCAUCUACAACAGUCGCAGCCACGGGAAGCGGGUGGAGACCUUCCGCCACCCGUACUGCGUCCUUCUCCAGCCGAGACGCCUCAAGGCCAUCACGAGCCAGAGCAAUCUCUGCAAGAUCGGCAAACUGUGGGAGCUGGCUGCCGAGUGUAACGGUGGCAUUCCGCCACUUGCGAGCAGCCAUGACAACGCCACGACGCAGGUGGUGUUCAGCGAGGUGAUGCUCGGCCUGGUUCCGCUGGAGCGUUUGGCGGAUGUUCCGUUCUUCAAAGAGUGCAACCGCACGCGGAAGCUGCCCAUCAUGAUGUACCCCUUCCGCUCAUUAGAGUUCAACGGGCACAUAAUCUUGAACCAAAAUGAUGCGGCACACUGCCAAAAAAACAUGGUAUCGGCCACUCGGGGCCGCAAACGCUGCUUCACCAUCUGCGGCCUUUGGAUGACCCGCAGCGUUCAGCUGCUCCCGACGAUGCAGAUGCCGUUGCACGCUUACAUCGGGCACGACCUUCAGAGCGACAGAGAGGCCGCAUGGGCGCUAGCUCCGAGAUGCCUAGAUAUGGAUGCCUGGGACAGUGUCGCCGUGACACUCUUUCAGCAUCUUGGCCUAGUACUUGUCCUUCUAAGCGCGAUCACAGCCAUGCGUAAGCAACGGAAUCCAAGGUACCUCGUCUCUUGCGUGAGCGGCAACUGGCUCUCUGCCGUCUUCACCCCGCCUCAGCUCUUGGAGAACGGGCUCACCGGCUUUUUCUGGCUGUUGCUCGAAGUCAUGGCAGCACGGCAGGCUGGUGGUAGCAACUGGCAGAACCAGUUCCUGGCCAGGGCAACGGUGCGAAACAGCCUCUUUUGCUGUGCUAACAUGAUCGAGUGGGUAUGCCGAUACCCGAACUCCGACGGCAGCUUGGCCUUUGCUCCCACGAAAAACACCGAGCAGGUCGUGGAGUACUGGUUCGGCCAGGUAAAGAGAGCUGUUGGACACAAUGUGCCGUCGCUCAAGGCGUUCGUGCUGGCUGCUGAACGACUUCACUGGUCUCAGAAGCAUCGCGGCCUCCAGCUGCCGUCAAAGACUGUUACCUGGAGCGGCCAGAACCUGAGUGCCGGCGAGGUGAGCCAGAUCGCGACCCGUGCUCUUCCUGCGGCCACCACUUUGCGGGCCGUCGCGGCCGUGCAGGACUCGCCAGACGCCGUGUCCGCCGCUUUGGAAGCCUGGUUCGAGGAGGAGGGCUCUGCGAUGUUCUUCGCAGGGUGCACUCCGGACAUGGCGGAUAACAAUGUGGACCCCUUCGCCGAAGAGGCAUCCGAGGAGGAGGACGAGAAUGACAAGGUGGCAUCUACUCAGGCCGGCAGCAUCCAGCACGGCAUUCGCAUGUUGGAGCGCGAGGCUGUCAUCGAGCAGUCUUUGUUGGAGGACAUGCAGUCGCCGCCCAAGCCCGAGCAGGCUGCAGCUGCGACAGAGACGACAACGGAGGCUGUGGUUGCAGAGACUUUGGCACCGGCAGAGCCUGCGACCUUGUGGCAGAUGCUGGUUGCAUGGUCCUUGCUCGCAUCGUUAGGUAAAACAAGGAAGUUGGUUAUGAUUGAGGCCUUAGGUUCGGACACUUCCCUGACAGCAGGUGGCUUCCACACGUACAAGCCCGCUGCGGACGGCACGCCCGAGGCAGCCGUGGAGAGACUUCGCAAGCUGCAGCCUCUGAUGGUGGCACUUCUGGAAAAGGUGCGAACCAGCGAGGGCUUCUUGUCUGAGAAUGCCGUGCUGGGCGAUCGAAAUCCUCGGCGCCUCAAUGCAUUCCAGGAUAUGCAAGCACAGCUGGCUCAGGCACGUCGUGCUUGGGGCCUCGCCGGGAGGAGGACAAGCAGAGCUGAUGCCUGGAGGAGCUACGCUGGACUGGUUGCGGACAAGGUCCAGGAGGUUGCUCCGGAAGCUGCUUCUGUCGUGGAUGUCUAUCGUCCCAGCUUUAUCUUGAGCCAGUCGGCUCGCAACAGCAUAGAUUGUGACUCUGGGACCCGUGACUAUCAAUUCAUCGUGGUGCGAGAGCAUGUGCUUGGCGAGCCUAUGGUUUGCCUUGUGGAAGAGGUGUUCCGCCUGUCGAUGCGACGGGACAAGAAAGUCCCUGGCAGCAAGCCGUUUCCGGCUGCACUUCCGCAAGACUUCUGUGGAGGAGUGCACGUGCGCGUCAUGGAGCCCUUUCAAGAAGGAGUCUUCAAGACGACCCUGCUGCACAAGCGGAUGACAUUGGAGUGCCACAGCCUCGACUGCUCCGCCCCGCAAAUCUUGUAUCAGAUCCCGGCAUCUCAGUGCAGGGCGGGUGCGGACCCUUACAAGCUGGUGCUCAAGCUAACAUCGGCAGCCGUGAAAGCUCUGAAGGCUGCUGAGGGCUUGGACUUCAAGAUGGAGGCCACGGAGGAUGCCCGCGAAGAAGGCAUGAUCUACACGGCAGACAUGUUCGGACCCUCUGCAAAGGGAGCUUUGGCCAUCAAAAGCUACAUGCGAGAGAUGAAGAAGAUGUAUGAGAAGACGUCUGGACAGCCGCUGGCGGACGCCCAGGGCAGGGUCACGGCGAUGCGAUCCUCGUCGUUUCCUGUCCCUGGAGUUUGGGAUGAGAUGGUGCAGCGAUGCCCGUUGUACUUCGAGCUUUUGCUUUCCACCAAGGAUCUGCAUGGAAAAUCUGUCGCGGCAAACGCCAAGGAUUACAGCAUGCGGAUUUACAGGAUCUUCCAGGAAACACUGCCCACCAAGCUUCGGGGCACUCAGGCUUUUUUGACUUUCCUAAGAAAGCUCAACGACAAAGCUCCGGCAGCGCUGCCGACAGCCUGA